AUGAAGUUCUCAAUUCUUUCCUGCAGCUUUUUGGCCUGCAUCUCUCCUCUAGUAUCUGCGACGGCCCUUACCUAUAAGUUGUCUGCGAACGAGAAGGCAUGCUUCUUCUCCAACGUCGAGAACAAGGGCGCCAAAAUUGCUUUCUACUUCGCUGUUCAAGCCGGAGGAUCUUUUGAUGUCGACUACGAGGUCGUGGGCCCCAAUGACAAGAUCAUUAUGGAUGGAAAGAAAGAGCGACAGGGCGACUUUGUCUUCACAGCUGGCGAGACGGGCGAGUACAGAUUUUGUUUCAACAAUGAAAUGAGCACCUUUUCCGAGAAGUUCGUGGACUUCGAGAUCGCUGUUGAGAACGAACAGCGCGCAUCAAUCCCAGCGAAGCAAGGCACAUCCCCUGAACAGACAUCUGCGUUGGAGGAAUCUAUAUUCAAGCUUUCAGGCCAACUCUCGACAAUCACACGGAACCAGAAGUACUUCCGCACGAGAGAGAACAGGAAUUUCAGCACAGUUAGAAGUACGGAGAGGAGGAUCUUCAACUUCAGUGUUAUUGAGAGCUUGAUGAUGGUAUGCAUGGCGGGAUUACAGGUGUUUAUUGUGCGGUUUUUCUUCCAGGGAGCAAGAAAAGGAUACGUGUGA